CACGGUGACCUGAGCCUUUAUUUUGUGUCCUCCACGGGUAAUGCAGUGAUGGAUCCAGGACGCACGGAGCCUAGAAUACUUCCCAAUACCUGGCAAUGUGUGGCGACGCGUGGCAGCGGUCAGGGAACAAGGAGGCACCCACUGGCGGCAGCCCCAUCAACCUGCCACCUGUGACAUCAAGAUCAAGAUCGAGCUAAGGAACGUAAACAAACCCGCACACGUGGUUGUCUCUUCCCCGGCGGUGUGUGUCGCCCAACACAGUGCAUAAGAAACAACUAUUCCACCACUCCUGGCCCCCCUGCAGCCCCUGUUCCGCCCCUGCCUUGUGCGUACGCCCCUCGCUCCCCUGCCAGCUGGGAAGAACAGAGGAUGGAGGCAGCUGGCGCGGUGUGGGAGUGACCAGACUGAAAAAGCGGGUUGACAGGUUUUGGCUGAAUACUUCUGUUCCUGCAGCUUCCUGCCCUCCACACAACCAUGGCGAAACGCGGCAGCAAAAUCGCGAAGAAGGCCAAGAAGAAGGGCCUCUCGCUGGCCAAGAUCUCCAACAUCCGCAAGUACAAGAUGGCCAAGAGAGGCGAGAUGACUGAGGCGCAGCGGAAGAGGAAGAAGCAGGAGAAGAAGGUGCAGAAGAAGGUGACAUACUCCGAGAUGAUGAGUAAGAAGAAGAGAGCGAAGGAGAUGAAAGAGAAAUACGACAACGAGGAGGAGCUGUACCCACUGACGGCGGAGAUUACGGGUGAAGACAUGAUCAAGAUGAUGGACCCAGAGGACCUCACAUACCUAGUGGAAAAGAAGGGUGCCAAGAGGAAACGCAAAGGAGAAGAGGAGGAGGAAGAAGAGGGGGAGGAGGACUAUGAGAGCCAGGAGCGAACCUUUGACCAGAUGCACGACGGCAAGAAAGUGAAGAACCUGCUGCCCAUCAAGACAGACCGAGGCAUCAUCCAGAGGUUCAGGGCAGUGGAAGAUGAAAAGGAAGCUGAAGAACCAAGUGAGGAACAAGAGACAGAGAAAGGUGAGGAGGAUGCAGAGGAAAAGGAAGAAGGAGAGGAGGAGAAGGAGGAAGUACCGGAGGUGAAGUCAGCGGUGGAGUUCUUGAUAGAGCGGCAGCAGAAACUGGAUGAGAGGAAGAUAAAGAUUGGAUGUCUCGCUGCUAAUUUCAUCCAGCAUCCAGAGGAGAGGCUGUCCGGGUUGUCCAGCUUGCUACACUUCCUCGAGGAGUCCGACCCAGACAUCGCACUGACGGUGAGGAAGUACGCCGCACUGAGUCUGCUGGAAGUCUUCAACAAAAUCAUUCCCUCCUACCCUAUCCAGCAACAUGACAUCAACCAGAAAUUGAAGCAGGAGACCAAGCAGGUGUUCUUCUACGAGAACCACCUCCUCUCGGGAUACCAGAUCUACCUGAAGGGCCUGGAGAAGAUGCUGAGUGAGUCCUCCAAGAAGACCAAAGAGCCAGCCAUGCAGAAUCUUGGCGCCGUGGCUGUGCGAUGCCUUGGGGAGCUGCUCAUCACCCACUACCACUUCAACUUCACCAGCAACAUCAUCCAGGCCCUCGUGCCCCUCCUCAACCACCCCCAUGACGCCCUCUCCGACCUCACCGCCUCCUACCUCACCAAGCUCUUCAAGGCUGAUAAGGCUGGCUAUUAUUCCUUUGAGGUAGUGAAGAAGAUUGACCACUUUGUCCGGCGCCGCUCCUUCAGGGUGCGGCCGGAAGUGCUGAAGGUUCUCCUGGGGCUGAGGCUGAAGGAUGCCACGAGUCUGGACGUCGUGAUUGAGUCAAAGCUGAACACGAAGCGGAAGUUGACCCACACGGAGAAGCUGCUGAGGAAGGUGAACGAGGAGCAGAAGAGGAAGAAGUCGAAAAAGGAGAUGAAGAUGUUCCGCAAGAGGAGGAAGCUGGAGGAGCAGAUGAAGGGCAUCAAGCAGGAGAGGGACACGCAGGCACGCAAGAAGCAGCACACCGGCCUCAUCCAGAUGGUGUUCGGCCUCUACAUCCACGUCCUGAAGCGCCGACCCAACAACAAGCUCAACGGAAUGGUCUUGGAGGGCCUGGCCAAGUUCUCCCAUCUCAUCAACAUCGAGUUCUUUGCUGACCUGCUCAAUGUCCUUGGAGGGCUGAUGGCCGAGGGUUCACUCAAGUUCCGCGAGUCGCUUCACUGCAUCCAGGUGGUGUUCACGAUCCUGGCCGGCCAAGGGGAAGUGCUGACCCUUGACCCACACAGGUUCUUCAGGUACCUGUAUGCCAACAUGUUCAACCUGAGUGCAGGCGUGAACCAUGAGGAUGUACAGUCAGUCCUGGAGUCCCUGCGCCAGAUGUUGGUGGAGCACAAGCGCAAGGCAAACCCUGGCCGUGUAUUGGCCUUCAGCAAGCGCCUGGCCACCCUCAGCCUGGCACUCCUGCACAAUGGCACCAUCCCGGCCCUCACCACCCUGCGCAGCAUCAUUCUGGCCCACCCACCCGUGGAGUCUCUCAUGGAGACAGACUGUGACGGCACGAGUGGAGUCUUCUCGGCGGAGGUGGAGGAACCGGAGCACUCCAAUGCAGCCGCCUCCACCUUCUGGGAAUUCCACCUCUUGGCUAGGCAUUACCACAGCACAGUGAGGCACCUGGGGGAGCAUCUGCUGGCUGGUGUACCUCUGCAGGGGGAGCUGGCCCUCCCCUACACCCUGACCAAGAGGCCUAUAGAGGAGCUGUUCGUCGAGUACAACCCCUCAGAGAUGCGUUUCAACCCCCGUGUGCCGCCACCCAGCCAGCACCUCACCAACCAGCUCAGCACCAAGACCAGAAGACAUGGGAAGAGGAGGACAGGAGACCAAUGGGUGACAAACUACAUGAUCCAGCAGUUGGAGGUCCUCAAAACACCACUCACCAACGGCCACACAAAGGGGAGUCACGGAGCUGCCCCCAAAGUCAACGGGUUCAUGGACAAUGUGAGUCAGCCAGGAGAAUUUCCCUGCCCAAGAGUGGAAGACUUGGACUUCUCGAGUGCCAUGCUGCCAAACAUGGAUCUUGAGAUGAUAAAAGUCCGGGAGAGAAUAGAGGAUGCCAUGAGUCAAGACUUCACACUCAGCCUCUUAAGAACUGAUUCGAAGACAUAAACUGUUUAUAGAUUGAUGUACAUGGACGUGUACACUUUUGUAAAGUCCAAAAUACCUAGAAGAGGCUCCGGAGGAAAACUGAAAGACAUUUUCUUAAAUCAGAUAAGACAAAGUGUCCCAAUGUUUAUUGAAAAAAUUUCUGGAUAACACAAGGACAAUUUAACCAUGAAAUGUACACCAAAUAUGUUAGAUCAUCUUGCUUUCUCCCUGUGUACUGCUGUUGCAUUCCUCCUACAAGUCAUCUGUGCUGGCCUGGAUAGAGGGUUGCUGUUAACACAUUGUUGGGGAGAAAGAUGCUACUCAGAAAAUGCCUCACAGAAUAUGCUGCUCAUGUAUUAGGAACUUGACACCAUGUUCAGCAAGCUCUGCUUACCAUGUGGCUGGAAGACUACGUACAUUAAAGGGACACUAUUUCUUUAACACCAGAUGCCUACAAGUGUUCCUCCCCUCCGGAGACCCUUUGAAGUAUUAUGGACUUUAGCGCUAUUUCCAUCUGUUUUUGCUUCCUAUUAUUUGUACCUUCUUAAUGAAAUUUACAUUGUUACAUUAUCUAUAAAUAUCAAAAUGUUUAACUAGACAUGUGAGAGCUGCCAUUAAAUAUUUUGCAUA